AUGAUCUGCGGUAAAGAGCGGGGGACGCAGACUGGCGAGGAGAUCCCCAUCGUGUCGCGCAGCAACAUCAAGGAGUUCAAAGACAGCUUCUCCAACGAGAACUUCGACUUCCGGAACAGUCCCAACAUCACCUUUUUCGUCUACGUCAGCAACUUCACGUGGCCCAUCAAGAUUCAGAUCGCCUUCUCGCAGCACAGUAACUUCAUGGACCUGGUCCAGUUCUUUGUCACGUUCUUCAGUUGCUUCCUGUCACUGCUGCUGGUGGCCGCCGUCGUCUGGAAGAUCAAACAGAGCUGCUGGGCUUCACGGCGACGAGAGCAACUGCUGAGGGAGAUGCAGCAGAUGGCCAGCCGGCCUUUUGCCACCAUAAACGUUGCCUUGGAGACGGACGAGGAGCCGCCCGACCUGAUAGGAGGAAAUGUCAAGUCUGUCCCCAAGCCCAUCGCCUUGGAGCCAUGUUUUGGCAACAAAGCUGCUGUGCUCUCCAUCUUUGUACGUCUGCCGCGGGGCAGCGGGGGCAUUCCCCCCCCAGGGCAGUCGGGUCUGGCGGUGGCAAGCGCACUGGUGGACGUGUCUCAGCAGAUGUGCGUGGGCUACAAGGAGAAGUCGGGAGCGCUGAGGAACCGCAAGCACCCGCCCAGCGCCCAACCCUCCACCUGCAUCUGACUCCGCCCCCCCUGGACCAGCCCCCCCCCCCCUUUCAGGAAGAGGUGCAUGCUGGGAGGCUGUGACUGACAAAGUCAGGACCUUGAUGGAUGUCCUUACGAAGGAACUUUAGCCCCACCCCCCUCAAAGUGAAUGAUACACCAAGCCUGAGCCCCCCCACCCCGAAUAGAGACAUUUAAACCGUCUUGUUGAGGCGGCGUUGCUGCUAGAAGAGAUCUCAUCUCAUCAUUUUUAUUAUUUACUUGUUUUUUUGUCUCCUUUGCGCUUUAUGUGAACACACACCAUGCCCCGCCCCCUGCGCCGCAUGUUGGCUACCCCCAGUACCUCGAGGUCCAAGUUUGCUUCGUCUUCUGGUGGACGGCACUUGAGUCCGGUUCAAGUAGCGCCACCCUCGUAACCAUGGCGACUGUGGAGUUCCAACAGGCUCUUUGCAGGUGCAGCAUCUUUAUGGUCUUUGGUGAAGUCUCUUGGAACUAGAAGCUCCAAGACGUUUACACUGGAUUAUAUUUACGGUAUGUGUGUUUUUCAAAAAUGUCCUUUUUCCUCCAGCUAGCGGGCCUCAGAAGCUAGCUUGUUUCCUUGUGUUAUUAGAGUUUAGAAAAACAAAAAACACUUCGCUAUUUCAGUUGAACUUUUGACAACGCGUGACUGAACAGGUUUUUAAUUUAAAAAAAGAUCUACACUAUACUUACCACUUGUUUUUAGCGGCAACGCCCCUGAGAAGCUAGCUAGCAUCAGUAGCUACGUUUUUGUUCGAGGGUUUCACCAGCUAGCUGUCUAAACCUCUGUUGUUUUCAAGUUGUCAAAUGAAAUACCUUUCUUGACUAAACAUUUUAUUUAAGGCUUUUAUAUUCACACAAAUGCAUGUUUACCACCAGCGUUUGUUAUUCAACCUUCCAGUCUUCGCUUACCGCCAGCUAGCGUUAGAAGCUAGCUUGUUGUUUUUUUUGUCUUUUUUUGACGAAAAACCCUCAAGUUUUUAAAGAUAUUUAUAAGUUUUGGUGAGCGUGACUGCACCUUAAGAAACUAGCCAGCGUAAGAAGCUAGCUUGACGUUCAAUACUUCCGGAAGUUUCAUGAACGUUAAUCUUAUUUUUUAAUAUCUAUUUUAUAUUUUGUUUAUUUUUCUUUGCUUACUGCUAACUGCCAUGAAAAGCUAGCUUGUUCUUGUAAGGCUGGCCUUGGGUCCUUAUUUUAUUUUUCUUUGAGACGAGUGAAGCUAGCACGGCUAUCUUUCAGGCUAGCUUUCUCUUCUGUUUGACUAAAACCAGACAUGACUGCUGUAAAAACAAACAAACAACGGAAAUUGUGCCGCGAAGGGCUCCACAGUGGCUAAAGGAAGUACAGUAGGGAAGGGGAUUCAUAUGGCCACAUUCGCAGCGGUUUACCUGACACAUGAAACGUGACAAAUUGGGCGGGGUGCAAAUCUACUUGAGUAGAAAAUGUGUUUUGAAGCAAUUCCAACUUUGACCACAGUGUCAGUUGCUAUGUAGAGUGGCACUUUCCAUCAUUUUCAGCAGACUGCAUUGCAAAAUUAUUAAUCCCUUCUCUACUGUAAGUACAGUUUUACCUCGGGAUACGAGUUUAACUAGUUCUUUUAAAUAACAUUUAUUCCAUGCUGUGCACCCCACAAAACCAGCAUAUUUUAAACAUACAACAUGCCUUUUUAAAAAGAAAAACUAACUUCAAAUAGGAACUAUUGUAUCAAAACUGUUCCCAACAUAAAGUCAUGUCGAUCUCUAGCUAUUAGCUAAUGCUAGCGAGUUGUUUGCAUCUUACGGCGUUCGCUCUGGCAUUCACUACGCCAACUAGUGUUUGGGAGGCUCCUAGCCUGAAUUUUUGCUAGUAGUCUAAAGCAUAAAAACGUUACAAUGUACCGUAUUUUCCGGGCUAAAGAGCGCGCCGGUAUAUAAGCCCCACCCACUAAAUUUUAGAACAUUUUUUUUUCUCCAUAUAUUAGCUGCACCUGACUGUAAGUCGCAGAUAUAUAUGUUGUGAAAUGAGUUAUUUACAUAAAAAGAUACUGUAAAUGUUUAUUUACAUACUUUAAAUGUCUGUAACACGGCAGUAAAACAGCUGAUCAAACAAAACAGAAGUCAUGGUCAUGGACCCACUAGCUGUGCAAGCUAGCUCUCCAAUCAGCUAAACACACUCAAUAACUUCACGGCGACGUUUUGGUGAAUUUACUGAGGAAUUUGUGAAACUGAAACAAUACAAAAAUAAUGCCGUUGUAAGUUAAUAAUACUAACACAGAUACUCGUAAGUGCUAACGACGUUAGCGUCAUUACAUCACGAUAGCACGUACACAUAUGCAUGCAAACACUCCUACAGACAUCACACAUGGGAUGUUUUAGUACGUAUGAAUUGUUUUAGUCAUAUUGUAAAACUUACAAACGUUGCUUGGAUUGAUGAAUGGAGUAGAAACAUGGGUAGAAACGCUAUGUAUGGCUGGCUACAAGACUGAACAACACUUCUAUUUCUGAUUAAAACCACUAAAUGAAAGGAAACUUAUGGCGCCAUAGCACAAACACCUCAGCGUAUUUACUUGUUUUUUUUGGUGUUUUUUUAACUUAUUAUGGCCAUCGGUGAAGAAGAAUCCGUAGAUUAGCUGCACCGUUUUAUAAGCCGCAGGGUUCAAAGUGAAGUUCACAUCUUACUUUCAGCAGAAUAUUUCCUAAGCUCGAUGACAAAAACGGUUUACGACCUUUCAAAUACGAUUUCUGGCAUAAGGAGAACUGUCACCUUCAAACUCCAAUAAAGUAACGCUUCCUGAGGCUGAGCCAAUCAGCGGCCACAAAAUUAAACGGCGUGCUCUGAUUGGGCCAUUACUACUGUAGUAUGAAUAUGUUUAGUUAUUUUAGCCAAAUUCAGGACAAAAUCACGUAGAAUAUAUCUUCCCCCCUGCUGCUUAAGACCAUUUUGACAUAUGACAUACCUUUUUAAAAAGAAACACGUAAGUUUUAGUUCAAAAAUGUAUUUAAAAGGAGUUCAUCUUACUGUGGCAUUCAAUACGCCAACUAGUGGCGGGGAGGCUCCUCGCCUGAGUUUUAAAACACAACAAUAGAAUGUACUACAGUACGUACACAAAGCUUGUAGUGAUGUCACACAGGAAGUAGGUAUACUCCCAUCUGGCAGCCAUGACAAUGCGCUUUUAGUCCACAUUUCUUUCAUCAUUUCCGACCCCUACAGGCAGAACUAGGUAUUUUUUCUUGUGUUUUUUUUUUUUUUUUUUUAGCUUAACGCCAUCCUUUUUGUAGUCCAGAUUCUCCAGACAAGUCCGAGAUUUCUUUAUUUAAUCCAAUAAAUACCACCCGGGCCUUCUUGUCCUUGUCAUGUCGCUCUUUAGCUGUAAGCUAAUGCUAGCAAGUAGGACACGCUUCGUUGUGUCGUUUGUUAUGCUAGCUCGCGGUGAGCAGGCUCCUCCCCCUAAAGCACAACAGUAGUCUCCAAGAACUCGGGCAUGCGUAUCCCCAGGUAAAGGAAGGACCGUGUGAGAAGAACUUUGGAGUUGUGCAAAGAAAAACGGAGUCAUCAUGACUUGCCACAACUAAAGCAUAAAAACCACAAUGCAAAAUAUUUGUUUUCACCUAUUUCAAUUCAAUAACACGCGCGCACACACACACACACACACACCCACGUGUCACUUCCUGUGCAGUCACUUCCUGUGCAGUCACUUCCUGCUACUUCAGGAUGGCUUUGAGGUGAUUUUUCGGGAAAACUGCGAGUAUUUUGGGAUGAUAUUCGUCCUCAUUUUGCCGACUGUUAAGAAUGAAAAAAAAAAAAGACAGACAGGAAACGGACGUUUAAAAAAAAAAAAAAUGAUGAAUUAUUUUAUAUUCUUUACUUCAUUUUUUUUUAACGCACAUUAUUUUGGAAAAAAAUCUAAAUCUUGUAUUUUGAUUUUCUUUCUUAGGCACAAUAGGGUUAGUUUUUGUCCAUGAAUGUAACGCUAGCUUGUUGUGCAGGAUGAAGAUCCUACUGCUGUAAUAAUAACUGCUUCCAAAGAUGGAGUCAUGGGAACACAACAAAAAGGCAGAUAAAUUACCUUUUUUUUUUAAAAAUUUUAACUUGACCUUUUCACCUCCUGUUUACCGCCAGCUUCCUUCUUUGCGUUUACAUCUGUUGUUCAUUCUAACGACUCAUCUACGUGCUCGUGUUGUUGUCCAAUCCCUGCUGAAGCUUUCGUUUGGGGGCUUUUAUUGUAAAGGGCAGGAGGAAGCGUGCCGUCUGAAAUGCCGGGAAUGGACAUGAAUAGUGCCGUGGGGCUGCACAGGCUUGGACCUUUGAUCGUUCCCUAAGGAUGUCGGACUCAAGGGGGUUUGACCUUUGACCUCUUAACGCGUCGGCCAUCUUGGCCUCCAACCUGCUGAACGAAAGCCCUCAAACGCUGUUUUAUUUCAUCAUGGUUUAUUUACUGCGGUACCUCGGUUUUCCUCACUCAUUUCAAAAAUAUGAACAAAAUUGUAUAAAAUUUUACUUUAUUGAACAAUUCUUCCUUGAAUUCAAUAGUGGAUGUAUAGGGGUCAUUUCUCACCUUCUUUAUCAAAGUUCUGGCCUUCAGAAGAUUGACGGAGUCACCAUCUUAUUGUUUGAGUACUGGAUUGUGCUGCAAAACGGACGACUUUGUCAUUUAUCAGGAUGUUUGGCCCUAGAACCAUCGAGACGUGUACGAAAAUGGGCCACGAUUUGUCAAACUGAAUCCCAGGAAAAGCGGGGCGUCUAAAAACCGAGGUGGCACUGUUCUUACGAGUGGUCAUGAGAACCAGGUCAUUGUCCCGCCCCUCUGGUGUUCCUGUUUGUUGAUUUGUAUCAUUUAGGAAUCUUUGUAAAUAACGAUGAAUGACAUUUUCUCGGACGGUUUUAAAAAGUUAGUAAUUUAUGCAGUGUUAAAAAACAAAAAAAGUGAUUGCUUCGCGUUUCAUUAGCAUCUUUUGUAUGUGAAGAAGCAAAUGUUGUAAACCUUCAAUAGAAGCUUGUAAUUUACUGAGGUGUACAUAAACAUUUUGGACUGAUUCAAUGUGAACAUUAAAACUAGAAGUGGACUCCUUGUCUUCACUUCUUCACCAACGUUGUUCCUAAGAGUCGACACGGAACACCGUGUGUCACUUGGACAGCCAACUUGUGAUCAGGAAGCACUUGUUUCUCUCACCAGGAAAAGCUCGUAGUUGGAGGCGUGGCGUGCUGCAUUUGACAUCGGUUUUUGUCACCGUCAUCCAUGUAAACGAAACUGUGAAAAAAAGAAUAAUCAAAAGAUGAAAGAAAAAAUCAAAUAAAAAAUCUUAGUACAAAAAAAUAAAUAGAACUAAGGUAAACAUAACUAAGAGGGUAAAAACAAAAAUCAAUAAAACAUGAAUUAUAAAAAAAAAUGGAACUAAGAAGAAAAAAUAACUAGUAGAUGGAACAAAAAAAAAUCAAACUAAGAAAAAAACUGAAAUAAAUAUUUACAAAUAAAUGGAAUUAAGAAAAAAAAACAAUUGAAAAAAUCUUAAUAUAAAAAAUAUAAAUAGAACUAAGGUAAACGUAACUAAGAGGGUAAAAACUAUAAUAAUGAAUAAUUAAAAAAUAUAUGUAAUUAAAAAAUGUAUAUGAGAACAAAACUAAAAUAAAUAUUAAAAAAGAAUAAAGCAAUACAUGGAACUAAGAAACAAAACUACAAUAAAAAGAAUAAUACAAUGAUGAGAAAAUACAAAUAAAUGGAAUAAGGAAAAACAAUUAAAAACAUGGAUAUAAAAUUAAUAGAAUUAAGGAAAUAAAUACAAAAAUAAGAAGAUAAUUAUGAUAAUAAAUGAAGAAAUAAUUAUUGAUAAAUAAUACAUUAACAAAUUAAUGGAACUAAAAAAAAGAAAGAACUGAAAUGAAUAUUUAAAGAAUAAAGACAUAAAUGAAACUAAGAGAAAAACUAUAAUAAGAAUAGUAAAAAAAAAUGGAACUAAGACAAACAAUAAAUGAAAAAAUAAAAAUAAUGGAAUGAAGAAAAAACUAAUAAUAAAUGCAUCAAUAAAUGGAAAUAAGAAAAAACUAAAACACAUUUUAAAAAAUAAUCAAACAACAAAUACAACUAAGAAAAAGACUCCUGUGUGAUAAAAAUAAUGAAUGACAAAACAAACAUGGAAUUAAGAAAAAGCUAGAAUGAAUAAAAAUAAAUAAAAAAUGGGAUGAAGAAAAAAAAACUAUACUACUUAAAAAAAAUAUAUAUUAAAGCACUAAGAAAAAAAACUACAAUAAAAAGGAUAAGAACAUACAAAUAAAUGGAAUGAGCAAAAUCAAUAAAAUAAAUAAAUAAAUACAAUUAAGGAAAGUAAUACAAAAAUAAUAAAGUGAAUUAAGAUAAUAAAUGAAAUAAAUAAUUAUUUGUAAAUAACACAUUAAAAAAAAAUAAAACUAAGAAAAAAAAAUAGAACCAAGAAAAAAAGGGUUUUAACAUAUUUUCCUUCAAUAAUCCAUCCAAUUCUCUUUUAUUUUCUCUUUAGUUAGAAAAUGGCCACGCUCAAACCCAGGAGAACAAACUUAAAGUGACAAGAGUGAGAAGAGAAAAUAUAACAUUCAAAUUUUAUUGUGUGAAUAAAUUAUUCGUAAUAAAAGUGGUGGAAUUGAAUAAACUCAUUUUUAAACAUGUUAUGAAAUAUGUUGUUUCGAAAUAACAAACCAAAAACAACUCUCAGAAUGAUAGUUUUACAAAAUUAUAAUUCAAACAAUAAACUUGAACACUGGAGAAAAAAAAAUGCAUCUGCUUUCUGCCCUCGCUUCCUAAUGUUAGACUUUAGCAAAAAAAAACAUUUAAUACUUCAUAAAUGUUUUAUGUUUUAACAUUUACAAAACUAUAUAUUUAUAUACAUAUACACAUACAUAUCCAUCCAUCCAUCUUCUUCCGCUUAUCCGAGGUCGGGUCGCGGGGGCAGCAGCCUAAGCAGGGAAGCCCAGACUUUCCUCUCCCCAGCCACUUCGUCCAGCUCCUCCCGGGGGAUCCCGAGGCGUUCCCAGGCCAGCCGGGAGAAAUAGUCUUCCCAACGUGUCCUGGGUCUUCC